AUGGCUUCUCUAUGUGAGAACGUGCUACCUGACAUUCUUGAAAUGAAGGAGGAUUACUAUGAGGAUCCUAGAAAAACUCUUGGUCAACGAGUUCAGUCUCUGGAGACCCAAGUCAACUCCCGCUCUGCGGGCACCAACCUGUUGAGCUCUUUAAGCAGCACAGGCUCUGUGGAUAGAAGAGGCCUAGCCAUUGGCGGUUCUGUGAAUCAGCUCGACGCAGUUGUGGCCAGGCUUGAACGACUGGAGAUGGCUAACGCAUCAUUGAGGGAAGAAGUGGCCAGACUAACUGCUGACGCAGCACCUCAGCCAGAGUUGUCCCCAGCCCCUUCAACAGCUAUGCUUCAACAGCUGAAAGAACGGGUCUCUCAUUUGGAACAAAAAGACAACGAGAAGGUUAACGUGGCGGGAUUCGCUUUCGGAGGAGUGGCGGAUUGUCGACAUUUUCUAAAUACCAAGAUGGUAUUUGACUCCGAGUCCAGUGGUCUCUUUGGUACAGAUGUUGUCUCAAUUGUGGACGGCGUGACAACUGAGGGGGGAGAAUUGCUGCCAACAGAUGUCCUGAGGAGGGACGAAUAUGCAACAAAAGCGGGGUUUGAUAACAUCAUGGCCGCCAAACUGUACUCGUCAAUCCAAAGGCCCAUCCCAAUCCCUCUUGCUGGGAAAGGAAAUCACCCGUUACCGGCCAUCAGUACAUUUGCUAAGUGGGACGAACAGGAUGGAAUGCGAGGACUUCGGUAUGAGAUAACCAGAGGGGUGGACCACGAGGUGAAUCAAACCACUGAAUGGAUCCGAGCUCAGUUAAAACCGCACCCUGAAGCUGUGCUAGUGUUUACCACUCUGGUGCUCGACUCCAAGCAACACUGGAUGGCUAUCUCGACAUUUCUCACUAACCAAAGAGGUAUUUGCAUGCAGCAGAGUGACGACGAGGCUGAGGCUUGGGUGUAUCCGUGUGAAGUUAUCAAGGGUGUGUUCAUGGAGCUUCAUCGCGUUCGAAGUGUGGAUGCAAUGAGAUCGAAACUCGGCCAACUUACCCUUGAUGAUGCAGCAAGAAUGAUGUGGGCUGUCCUGCGGUGCCAUCAGCUAAUGAAUUCCUUUAUUGAUUUGAAAUUCACGGGACAUCCAAAGCUCUCUGGAUAUUCGUUGAGUCAUCUGUUUCGUCACAGAUUGACCCCCAAGAACUUGGACUCUAUGAAGGCACAGCUUUCUCAGUUUCAGAGGGAAAUGACCACGUUCAAUGCUAAGCUGGCCAAGAAGAAGGACAGGGGCGCUUGA